AGAUUGUUAUGUAGAAAUAUAUAUAUGUACACAUUAUUUUCAGCAUUUUGUGCAAAUUACACAAUCCCAAAGAAUUUAAUGUAAAUUUGAGGGAUAACUUUGUCUUCAGUUAAACGCAGUUAUCAAGCUUCCAGCAAUUGCUUUUAUAAAUCCAGAUGAAAAAUUAGGAACAUGCCAGGAAAGGAUUAUAGCCUUCCUUGGGUAGGACCUUGGAAGCUGCCUGGAUUUAAGGCUAAUUACUGUGACAAGCGAUCUCCACAACCAGGUAAGGAUGGCUUUAUUUUUAAAGAACAGAUCAUGAUAUUAGUUCUCUGUGUAAGAGUGACUUAAAACUGUUUGUUAAACCAGACUUUAAAUUUAGAGGAGCGUGUAUAUCCACCGUUUAGCGGAAGCCGGCGGCCCUACUCCUGGCUACGCCCAGGUAACACUGCCUUCCGGCCUUCGGCCUUCGCGCACGCGCCGUGGUGCCAACUCCGCCCCCCGGAGGUGCCGGGCCCCUCGCAAGGCGGGGCCGCAGGGCGGUGCGCUUGGUAGUGACGUCAUUGCGUGCGCCGCAUUCUGUUGCCGGGCAGCGAUGGCGACAGCCCCGGAGUCCUCCGUGGAGGACCCUCUGCAGAACUUUGUGCGAAUUUUGGAGAAGCGAGAUGGCACAGUAUUACGACUGCAACAGUAUGGCUCCGGAGGCGUAGGUUGUGUUGUUUGGGACGCUGCUAUUGUACUUUCUAAAUACCUGGAAACGCCCGGGUUUUCCGGCGAUGGGACCCACGUUCUUUGCCGGCGGUCGGUGCUGGAGCUGGGCUCCGGUACCGGGGCAGUGGGGCUCAUGGCUGCUACCCUCGGGGCAGAUGUUGUAGUCACCGAUCUUGAGGAAUUACAAGACUUGCUGAAGAUGAAUAUUAAUAUGAACAAGCAUCUUGUCACUGGUUCUGUUCAAGCCAAGUCUUUGGAGCCAUUAUUGAAAACCCUAAAAGAUCUUAGUGGAUUUGAGACUUGUAUUAUAUGUUGUUAUGAACAACGAACAAUGGGAAAAAAUCCAGAAAUUGAGAAAAAAUAUUUUGAGCUCCUUCAAUUAGACUUUGACUUUGAAAAAAUUCCUUUGGAAAAGCAUGAUGAAGAAUAUCGAAGUGAAGAUAUUCAUAUUCUAUACAUCAAAAAGAAAAAAUCGAAAUUUCCAUCAUGAAAUCUUUAGUCAUCUUACCCAAGCCUCUAACAAUAUGGGUAAGCCAAAGAUGUAAAUGGAGCAUGUGAAUACAGCACAGGAAGAUUGUGUUCACAAAUUUUCCAGCAUGUCCUUAGAGAUCCAAUAUACAAAUGACAACUACCAUGGGCUGGCCACCUGCAACUUGAAAAAUGAUUGACUACCUGCCUGCCUUCCAAUGGGCCUGAAAUCCAAUUUAGUUUAUUUUAAGUCAGCAUCAAGUUCUGCUUAAAAGAAACACGUGUAUCAGUCACUUCUCCAAUAAAAACAG